ACCGCCUCUCUCCAGUGGGGGCGCUGUUGCUGCAGCAGGUUCAUCUGAGGACACUACAGCACUCCAAAAUGGCGAACCGCGACAAGGAGCUGGAAGAGGAGAUUUACGACAAGGUCGUGGAUCUGACGGAAUACGCCAAACGUCAGAGAUGGUGGAACCGCGUCUUCGGGAAAAACUCAGGGCCCUUAGCGGAGAAGUACUCCGUGGCCACACAGUUAGCCAUCGGGGGAGUGAGUGGAUGGUGUGCAGGAUAUCUCUUCCAGAAGGUUGGAAAAGUUGCUGCUACAUCUGUAGGAGGAGGUCUUCUUCUGUUGCAGAUCGCUAACAAUAGUGGCUAUAUCCAAGUGGACUGGAAGAGAGUAGAGAAGGAUGUCAACAAAGCCAAGAAGCAGUUAAAGAAAGGCACCAAUCAAGCAGGCCCAGAGAUAAACACGUUUGUUGAGAAGUCCACAGAGUUUGUGAAGAAAAACAUUGUUGUCACAAGUGGUUUCGUCGGAGGAUUCCUGCUUGGCAUGGUGUCUUAGGGUCUGCCAAAUAAGAACAGUCUGUACUCCUUUUGAUGUUGUGAGAAACUUUAGGGAAACAUCAUAAAUCAUUGCUGGAAGGUUUUAAAGUAUUUCGACAGCAAGCAACCUAUUCAAGAUUAGCUUGUAGCUCUGUGUCUCUGCACAAGCUGCACAUCCUUUUGUCUACUUAAAUACUGUACAUGUGACAGGUACUGUCUAUUAUAAUGUGGGACUUCUUGGAUAGAAUUCUGGAAAAUCAACGCACACCAAGGGGUUGUAAUGAGGUGCUGAUCCCUGGAAGUAAAGUAUGAAAAAACACGCUCUCGCUACAUAUGCAUUUCUGUUUUAUUCAGAUGAUGUUUCAGCAAUCAGGCCUUCUUCAAGAUCCACAAUUGUUGCACCGACCUGAAUGACCCUCCUAAAAUACUCCUCUUUCCAGGCCAAAUAAUGAUACAUAUCAUGCAAAAUUAUUUUUUCAAAAAGUGUAAAGGCUAUCAGAAUGUUUUUAUUUAUUUAUUUUUACCACACUGUCAUUGUCAAACAAUGAAAGGUUGCGCAUCGUCAUCGCUGCCUUGUUGCACACAAUGAAGCCAAACAUAAUGCAGCUAAGUGAAAGUAGAUUUAAAUUCACCUUCACAUGGCAGAUGGUGUCCUUAGGACAUCAACCCUGCCAGUGUUAUAUUUUCAGACAUUGUAAUCAACCAUGUUGCUGAUGGAUAAGAGAUUGUUAUGCCUUUUUCAGAGGUGCCACUUGUUUGAUGGGUUAUGUCUGCUUCCCCUGCAUCUCUUUUUAAAAUGUAUUUUGUGUAGCAAUACAUUGACGCUUUAAGUACCGAAAGCUAUGGUAUGUCUACAAUGUAAGUUUGAUGAACAAAUAAAAAUGACAAAAUCAGUUGAAUAUUUUUCUCAUGU